AUGUUUUCGCACGCCGUACGCUUUGGAUCGCGCGGAUUUGCGUUUCUUUGAGUUUGGCUGAGGAUUGACUGCGUGAUUUUCCUCAUCACUCGCGUAGGGUUCGCCGCUGUGGAGUGUUUGUACUAUUAGUGGAUGCUAUGUGAUAGAUUACCGGCAUAGACAAGGAACGCAGAUAAGUGUAUGGCAAGCAGACGAGAGUCUCUGGAUGAUUAGCGUGGAUGCAUUUUGUGUUUACCAGAUUGUAGGGUGUCUUGCGUUCUCGGAAAUUGAGUGAGGUGAAAACCUUCUUGUGCCGGGGGUGAGUUGAUAAUUUGCCGGGUCAGGGCAGAAACGUGCUCGUCUUGUCCAAUCUGUGGUGUCGUGAUUUUUCCACAUCAAACCAAGUACCGCCAGUUGGCAGAUCUUCUGCUUGGUGGAUUAUGAUAGCGUUACUGGGUUGAUCAUUAUCUGCAAGCAAAGUGUGAAACGUGAGCGUUGGGCGUGCUUGCGAAACAGUUUACAAUGCUUGGCUGAAACCCCUAAAAUGGGAAAUAAAAGUUGCCAGUUACAGCUGUGUAUAUAUUGUGAUUUGUGAUGUGAAACUAAUUUACGAUCAAUAGUUGAUGGGUGAAUAUCAUUUCCAUAGCUGAGUAGUGAAACUUUUCGGUUACAAUUCUAUUUUUAUCGGAAAUCGCUAUCAACGUUCAUAUCCAAUCCUAUGAAUAUUGAUCCAACAGAGACUCCAGCGAAGCAAAGUGCGGAUAGGGAAUUUUUCGCCAGCGAUGUCACGCAGAAAGCACGCCAGAUAUUGACGUAGAAACGCGGUUACAAAUCUGAAGAGGAUAACUGAUUUUCAACAUCCUGAUCGAUAAUCCCGACUCGACUGAAUGGUGCACCCUCUAUGUAUAGCAGGUUGCAUCAUUACUACCACCAUCAAGCUCGCAUCCCCUCAGCCAGCCAGACGGGAUAACGGAAUGACUCAGCAUCGAGCGUAUGUUUACUAGGAAAUUCCUCGGAAAUCGAUUUUCUCUCCCUUCUUCGUCGGCUUUAUCAAUGCUCCGAAGGAUGCUGUCGUCUGUAGACUGCCUAAUGGAAAUGGCAUCGCAGCAAAACAUGUGAUUUUAACAGUGCUGACAUUUUGGAUCGAUACGACGGCCGUAUACACACAAACGUAUAUGCGAUAGCGGCAUAUUGAUGUUGCUAAAAGCAAAGUUUAGCUCUUAUCGGAAGUGACCCGGUGACAAGGGUAACCCCUGGGGGAAGCCGUGUUUGCGACUGGCAAAUUGAUAGUUGAUACGGUGAAAGGGGGGUUUGCAUUGAUUUUCGUUACGUUCGUGAAGGCUGUUUGAUUUUGCACGUGCUUACGGUGAGGAUCUGAGACGAAGAAAUAACGGCCCGAAUCGGAAUCGAAAUAAGCGCGUAGAUAGUGGAAGCUUCUGUUGGGUGCUGCAAAAGAUCAGAAAAGUGAAAGAAAAGUAGAAAAGAAGCGAAAUCGAAAGUGAAAUUUCCAUAAAAAGUAAGAAAUAUUAAUGAAGGCGUGCGUGCGUGCGUAGCAAAGGUCAGUGGAGGAGUAACGAGAAGAAAAGUGUGUCAUUGAUCGAUCACAUUCGCAGAAAAGAAGAAAACUACCAAAGUUAAAGAAUUCGAAGGUAGCGAGAGGUGCCGUGACAAAGUGUCUCUGUUUAUGGUUAUGCUCACUCGCAGUCGCUCGUUUCAAAUUGAGUCGAAUUGCAGCUAAAAAAGCGGAAGGUAAAGCCUUGACAGACACAAGGGGGAGAAGAGGUCCAUAAGGCAUGCAGCAAGAGCAGAAGAAGUAGUUAAUGUUGCGAAGGUGAACAAAAGGAAGGGAACCAGCCAAAACAGGUCCCAGGCAGAGAGUGUGGAUGUAUGAUUCUUUUUUUAUGUUCGUGCGCAAAUCUGGAAUUCGGUCAGGCUGGAUUUGAGUAAGAUGAAUUAUAAAUAAAUAUAGAAAGUCGAAGCAGUGCGGGAAAGGCGGGAGGAUUUUUGCCAUCGAGCUCAAAAGAUACGGAAAUUUGUCGCAGUUUGUGUAACCGAUAGCAGCCAGCAUUAUCAGAAUGAUGCGAAGACGGGCACCGAAUCGAUUCAGUUGCAUCAAUUUCCCCAGCCGGGUUGAGGGUUGGUUGGACUUUUAUGAAACUGAAGGUCAAUCUGCACGCUCGGUCAACGUACCAUGGGGUCCUCUAUACUGCGUCCUACAACAAGAUGAACAGACUCUCACAUCCUAUUGCAGCGAAGAACUCUCGAUAUUCCCACUAACACCGAAAAAAGACGCGAAGCUGACGGACGUUCUGUUUGCCGAGUUGCCUCGAGUGCGACUCGAUCAACCACCAAAGCUCCAAAACAUGAAGACGAUCUGGGAGACGGCCCACCCAACGCUGCAGGAGGAACCGGAGGAAGAUGGGGCUGAGCAUCACAUCCAACACAACACGUCACUGCGGAGUGCUUUAGACACAUCAUACGAAAAAGCAUGCCGAAGAGGCUCGGCACCGAGUACCCCGAUUCUGGGUCAGAAGUCAGAAUCAACCUCGCGGUUCACAAACUUUUUCUCCAAACGUUCCUUUCGAUCGAACCCACUUAAACGCACAAAGUCCGUCACAAAGCUGGAACGUUCGAAGCGGGGCCAAGGUGGCCUGAGGGGCUCUCGGUCACACGAGAGUCUACUCUCCAACCAUGCUGUGAUGUCCACCAUUGAUCUGUCCUGUAUCGGUGCGAUCGGAGUAGUUCCAGUGCACGCGUCAGUAUUAGGUCGACGGCACUGUUUCCAGGUGCGUGGAGGCCCCCGUGGAGAGCGAUAUUACAGCUGCGGGUCCCGGCAAGAACGGGACCUCUGGAUCUACAGUUUGCGCAAAUCUAUCGCACCAAAUGCCGAGAACACUCGACGGACAGAUAACUCGCUCAAAAUGUGGGUCUACGAAGCCAAAGCACUGCCACCUAAGAAGAAGUACUUCUGCGAGAUAAAUCUCGACAAGACACUGUACGGACGAACGUCGGUAAAACUAAGAACGGAGUUACUUUUCUGGGGAGAGUAUUUCGACUUUCCAGACGUGCCGGAUAUCAAUGUGAUAACGGUAAACGUUUACCGGGAGGGCGAAAAGAAGAAGAAACGCGACAAACAUGCGCUCGUAGGUUCGGUCAAAAUACCCAUCCACGAGGUCACUUCGCGAACAUUCUCGGAGGAUUGGUAUCCGAUCAUUUCCGAUAAGCAUGACAGCAUCAGCAAGAACUCCUCCAAAGAACCCAUCCCAACACUGAGGAUAAAAUGUCGCUUCCAAAGCAUAGACAUACUUCCGUUCGGUGUGUACCAAGAUUUCUUGGAUUACCUCAAAGAAAACUAUAAAAAGGUUUGUGAAAUGUUGGAACCAGUUAUUGGAGUCAAAGCAAAAGAAGACAUUGGCCAAGCGCUAGUUCUGUUGAUGCAUGCCCAAGGAAUGGCAGCGGCAUUCCUUACUGAUGUUGUCGCUCUCGAUCUCCUUCGAGUUGGCGAUCAAAGAUUGACCUUCCGAGGCAAUUCCCUGGCCACAAAAAGCAUGGAAGCUUUCCUCAAACUUACCGGCGAGCAGUACCUGCAGGACACAUUGUCUUCCCCAAUCUCUGAGAUUAUCUCAUCCGAUCGUGACUGUGAGGUGGAUCCACUUAAAGCAAAUGGUUCACUUUCACGCCAACAACAGGCUCUUCGGAACGCUGUGAAAACCGCCUGGAACAGUAUUGCCGAUAGCAGCAAAAGUUUCCCAACACAACUGCGCGAUUGUUUCUCCACAUUCCGAGAACGGUUACAGAUGCUCGAUCGUGAAGACAUGGCCGACAACCUCAUUAGCGCUUCUAUCUUCCUGCGAUUCUUGUGCCCUGCAAUCCUCUCACCUAGUCUAUUCAACAUCACAAAUGAGCUUCCGUCAGCGAGAGCUACGCGCAAUCUUACAUUGGUUGCCAAAACACUCCAAACAUUGGCAAAUUUCACUCGCUUCCAAGGCAAAGAAAACUUCAUGGAAUUCCUCAACGACUUCCUUGAGAACGAAGCACCACGAAUGAAACAAUUCCUGCAUGACAUUUCAACGAGAUCAGAAAAUCCCAUGCAGGAAAGCAUCCUUGACUGGGCAGUAUAUAUAGACCAAGGAAAGCAACUCUCUAUCCUUCAUACUCUGCUUGCUGAGAGUAUCCAAAAACUGCCCGCAUCCAAACAAAUCGACCUCCACCCACUUCCAAACAUCUUAGAAUCCAUCACAGCCGCCAAGGAAACCAACAGUUUCAUCACCACUCAACAGCAGAAUCCUCAACCACAGCCACAUCCUAACCAGGAAAACCAAAGUUUGUCAAUCGCACCGCUGAAGAGCACAGAACGAGGAAUCAUCCGAGGAGUUCUAACCCCUACUUCUCUCGAGAAGAAUAUCUUCCGCUACAAUGAUCCAACUGUGCGACCCCUUCUAAGUCAAAACCAGAGCUCGAACUCACUUCAACACUCGCACUCCACUUCCAGUAUUAACUCGGCCACCAAUCUUCACGUGGUGAGCCCAACCAUCCAACAUCACAACAUGUCCAGUACAAACAACUCGAACGAUAACAAAUACCAAUACCAAGUCGGCAGCAUGCGAACCUACGGUACUGUCUCACAGUACUACAACAAUUCCAGCAAUAUUGGAAGCCUUAAGAAUGAAAAGGAGAAGAGCCCGGUUUUGAACUGCGGAAUUCGAGCGAGUACGCUGCCAAGAAACAAUCCCAUAACAGUUAGCAACGGCACCCUCAGCGGAGAACCUGAGGAGCCCAACAAUCCUACCAAUCUCAUUCAAAUCGGCUUCGAUCCUAGCAACGCAUUCAACCGAAAGAGCCCAACUCCCCUGCUGAAGUCUUCCACUCACAUCAACGGCAGUCGAAGUCGCAAUCUUAACGGUUCCCAACUGAGUCUCCUCUCAGACAUCGGCAAAAAUCCCCUCAGCUUGGGAAUACCGCAUAGCGAGAUGGUUACCAGCACGACUCCAACCCCCACGCAAACCCAAUCGAACCCUUCCAACAUGCCGAUGAGUUUGGACGAUUUGGAAGACCUGUUGAACUAUGCCGACGAGCAAAACAUUGAAAACCAAAAAGGCAAAGAGCAACUCACCAGCAAGGGCAGCAAUAUAUCGAUCGGACAGAUCUCCAACAUUUGCAGCUCAGGAUACCAAAGCAUAACGACACAGUCGCAGAGCUCUAGCCCAGUGGAACUCGGUCAACAGCAGAUCGAAUAUGUCGCCAAUAAAGUGCCUCCACCGCGCAAGAUCAACAACAAAUAUGGUUACAUCAGCCAGAGGUUCACCCCUGCCAACAACUCCAACAUGACCAAUUUGAACAACAACAAUGACCAAGACGAUCAUUAUGCUCCUCUGCCAUACAAGAAUCCCCUCUACCAUCAAACUGCAAACGGCAACACCGGAAGUGCGUUGAAUGCGUACAACAACAACCUGAUCAUUGGUAGCAACGUUACUAGUGGCAAUAGUGGAUUGAUCAACGGAGGUGGCGUCUACAAAAGCCACCUCAGCACAAUUGGAAGCGGAGGAAACCUGCACACGUCCAGUAGCGAUGAGCGGUUGAGCAAUAACGACAACUACCGAGAUUUGGAUUCGCUGAAUACCGUCAACGGUAAUGGUUACGAUUCUUUCGGUGGUUUGCACGGCAGAAGACUGGGCAGCAGUCGAAUGCCGCGAACAAACCCUUUGAUGCAAUACAAGCGUGAAGAGCCGCUGGAUAUUCAACCGGUCGGCAGUUAUCCUACGGGAGGAAGUAACGCUCGUGACCACCACCACCACAGCAACUCCGGAGGUGGUAACAGUCGCUACCAACGCCGGAUGAGCAUCGAUUCGGGACGGACACUCUCGGACAGCUCCACCGAUACGGAGAGUGGGCCCAAGCCGCACCACCAUUCGGUGUCCCUCGGUUUGGUCGGACCGGGUACCGUCCAUCUGGGCCUGAUGGGCAGCGGCGGCGCUCACAGCGAAAGCAAACGGAGAUAUCAUCGCACCAGCACCAGUAAAUCGGUGGAACAGUGCGAGCGGGAAAUCCAACGACUUCAGGCUUCGGUGGAUGAGCUGCGCCAGAAGCUGGAAGAAUCCGAACUGAAAGAGGUCAGCGAGGACCGGGAGGCCAUUUCGCACCACAGCGAUUCGAAAAUUCGCAGCAUUAUUGGACGUUUACUGGCCAUGGAAGAGGAACUCCGCCGGGAGCAGUACAAGAUGUCGCUGGUUCUAUCGCACAAGCAGCGAGUCAUCGAAGCCCAGGGCCAACAGAUAGCCGCACUGGAUGCCGCCAACAACCGACUGUUGACUGCGCUGUCCAGUCUGCGUAAUCGCUACGAAAACCAAUCGAACCAAAGCGACACAAGCUCACCGGCACCCAACGCCAGCGCAUCGUCCUGCUAGGGAAAUGAGUCAAUUGCGGACAUCUUAUGAUGACAACACAAAAAAACAGCUCUCUUCACCGCAAACUGCUUGAGUCAAUCCGAAACAGAACAAAAGUAACAUAUUUGUACAUAAUCGCAACAUGAGAAAGUUUCGAACUAUGUUAACAUGUAUUAGGUUUUAAAAUAUUUAUUGUAAAAAGCACGUUUGUAUAACCAAUUUUGAUCAAAACUGAGAAUAUUUUUUAAUCAUAGUUGAAACAACAAGUAAGCCCGCCCAACUAGUUUUAUCUGUUGUUUGCGUGAGUGAAAGGCACAAAUUUCCCAGACGGUACCACCCAAAGUUUCCACAUUUCCAUUGCGGUUCAUUUUCAGCGAGUACUUAUUCGACUGCAACAACCCCCAAGAGAACUGGGAACAAACUGUGACUGCCUCGAAAUCACAAUGAUCAUCAACCAGUAUUUAUCGUAAUCGAAAGAUACUUCUAGUUUUGCAACCCGCACACAUACACCACUACCCCUUAUCUUAGUACCGUUUUGUUUGCUAGCCACUGUACAGCGUCGGAGUGGACUAAUCAAGUAUAACCAAAGAAUCAUUUCAGUAACCAGACAAAAAACAACACUUAACCCUUCUUCAUCCCGCAAGUCGAAUUAUAAUUUAGUGUUAGCAAUUGCAAAUCAAAAUCAUACGUACAGUUUGGAUCUUGAGUAACCGAAAUCUGUUUUUAAGAUAGAUAAUCUCCAGUUUCCGAACGCAUAUAUUGAUCAUAUUUGGCACUACUAUUCACGUAGAUGGACGUUUGACUGUUUUCAUGUGAAACUGACUUACCUUCCUUACUAUUGUUUGUAGAAAU